CUCUGCUUUCUCCCAUGAUGCAGCCCCAAGCCCACAUUCAAGACGAUGCUUCACCGGGUACCAGCCGCCCAAAUAAGAGAGCUCACCUGGUCCGAGAUGAGCCACAGCUAAAUGUGAUGGACAGAGAGCCUGGGGAUACCAGAUCCUCGGGCAACCAGCCAAUCCGAACCCGCGUUGCUGUAGCGUGCAAAGUGUGCCGUUCAAGGAAGACGAAAUGCGACAGCCGCUGGCCGGUUUGUAGCUACUGUGAGAAGAGCAACUCAGAGUGCCAAUACGAUACUGUGGACUCAGCAGAUCGUCCCUUAAGCCAUGACUUGGGUUUGCAGAUCUUGCAGGCCGUCCAAGACUUGGCACAAGUGGUAAAAGAGCAACAUUCGCCGGGCCUAUCCGAUACAUCCUCUCAUGCGCACCAUGUAACGCAGCCAGCAAGACAUAGCGAAGCUGACUCCUUGGUCAACUUAACUGCUACACCACAGUCUAUUUCAGCUCCCGAACGUCAUGUCGAAAGGUUCUCUGAAGGACUCGAUAAUAUCUUGACAUGGAAUGUGUUCCCACAAGGAAUAGACCCUAUCCCCGUGGAUAACGGGAGCUUCAUGGCUAUGCCCGACGAGCUCCCCCCAAUAGGUUUCUCGGAGCUAAAGAGGUUACAGAAAUGCUAUCUUGGUACUGUUCACAGCGUCAACCCCAUUCUAGAUGUCGCCGUUCUCGACCAGUAUGUUAUAAAGGUCUCCGAAAAUGGCUUGGACUGGACGACGCAGACAUGCCUUGUUGCCCUUGUAUGUGCCAUCGGCGCAUUAUGCCAGGACCCGCAUGUCGAAACACCCAAGAGUCAUAACAGUUGGGAUCUUGACCAAACCACCGACAUUGCUUAUAGGUACUGGAGCGUCGCAUGUAAGAGGCUCGGGCGAGCAAUGAGUCACAAUACUUUGGAAUCCGCCCAGUGUUUGUGUUUGGCAGGCAUCUGGUUUAUGUGUAAUUUACAGCCACUCGAGGCCUGGAGGUAUUUUACUAUGGCAGGAAACUGCUGUUAUUCUGCAAUAUGGGCCAGGGAAUCUACUAUGCCGGCUGGGCCACAGAAUUCCCCUUCCAGUCCACAAGCAAUCAAGCAAAGCAUUUUCUAUACAGCAUAUAAAUCGGAAGUCGAGAUUCGCUACGAGAUACCUAGCUUGCCCGGCUCAAUGUUGGAACACAUCGAGGAUCGUCUCACAUUUCCCUCGCCGCCGGCAGCGAAUUGCUUGUUCGACGAGACCAUAGCUUGGUAUUACUUCCUCGCAGACAUAGCCGCUCGACAUUUGAUCAACCGCAUCGUCGACGCCAAGGUCGAGUUCUCUGCCUGCCCCAGCGAGGCGCAAGCCAUGUCUUUGCUCCGAUCCUAUGAGGUUUUCGGCUCACAGCUCCAAGACUGGUAUCUGUCCCUACCGCCAGAAAUAUCAUUCCCGCCACCGGAUGCAACUAUUUCUCCCGAGCCGAAUCUCUAUAAAAGAAUCCUCCGUUCGCGGUAUCUCUUUAUCAAGGAGCUUCUGUGCCGGCCAUUCGUGCGACUGUGUCUCAACUACACCCUUGAACUCCCCAGGACUCUGCAUGAUGAGAUUGUCAAUAUAGCCUCACUGGGCCUCCAGUAUUGUGCCUGGAGACUAAAGGCUGUGGAUCGAAUGAACAAGCUCGAUCAUGGACUGUGGAUAUGGAUUCGAAAUAGCACUGCUUGCUCCAUGAUACUCAUUGGUGCCGCUCGGAGCCUCCAAUUCCGGUCCCUCACUGCAUCUAGGCGACUGGUUCUUCCACAAGAUUGGCGUGAGAUUGUUGUUGCCUUCUUACAUGGGCUUGAGAAGUAUUCUCACGAAACGAGAGGCGGCACAGCUGCAUGCUAUCGGCUUGUGAUGUGGGGUCUUGACGGGUUUCGGCCAAACUCGUCGGAAAGCAUUUAACCGUCGUUCAAGAUAAAUGAACUGCAUAGUACUUUAUUCUUAUAACUGUAGGGAUCCUAAUCUAGCUGAUACUUUGCG